AUGCAAUCCGCCUCCGCCUCCGCCUCUUCCACUGCUACUGGCAAAGGUGCCAGGAUUCCAUCAAAUCAGUUACCAUGGUUACCACUUGUCAACCAUCCCAGUUACUCAAGAAGCUAUCCGUUUAGAUCUCGCAUAGUUAAGCUGUUAAAGGAGUCUAGGAUGGCAAAUCUGGCUUUUCAUCAGCAAGUGCGUCACCUGGUGAUUGAUUUUGCGUCAUUUGACACCAUACGCCGAGAAAAAUCCAAAACUACAAACAUGAUGAUCAAGAAAAGAGUUCAUCAUGCCAAUGCCUUGACCGAAUUGAAGGAAAUAAUCAACCUUUGUACUCAAAUCGAAAGAUUAGACAUCAUCUGUGAUGCAGGGUUCGCAAAUCUCGUCUCUUGUUCCCACUUGUCCAAUACAACAUCGGCACCUCAUGACACUCUAAUAGACAACAGCGAAAACAACAGCAUACUCAGCGUCUGUAAUGCAUUACAGCAAACAUUGAUGCAGCAACGUCAAAGCGAUUGUAUAAAGCGGCUUGAUUUCAUUGGGUUCAAUCCAAUCCAACGAUGCCCAUGUUGUGCUGGUAAGGAAUGGGAUCAGUAUCUAAAGCCACUGGUGAGCUGUCUAUCAUCAGUUGAAAUCCUCGUUCUCAAAGAUGUACUGCCGUCUGUGGAUGCAUUUCGAGCCCUCAACAGCCCACAUUUGAAGAAGAUUGUGUUUUACAAAUCCAUGGUGACAAUACCUCUUUUCAAGAAAGUCAGAUCCGCUUCGACAUCCACCACGAAGUUCAUCACUUCUGUCAGUCUGAUACCCGACACUCUAUGGAGGCAGAUCGAGCACAUUGAGAUCUACGAGGACAUUGAGGAUGUUACUACCUGGAGAAGUAGACGGUACUUGACUGAACUCGUGAAUGCUGUGCAUGAUUUGGAGUCAUUUGUAUUGCAAUUUGGUACAAAGGAGGCAAAUGAAAGAAGUUUAGUGACGGUCAACAACAGCAUAUUGGAAGAGCAUGACAUACCCAAUGAUCAGUGUGGUGAUAUCAGGGUGAACUGUGAUUCUCCGUUAUACGACCUCAGCAUGAAGUGUAAAACUACUUUGAAACGGAUGACUCUGGUGAAUGUACCGAAUUUUUGA